GCUUCCGCCAUUUUGGAUUUUUGUUAGCUACGAUGAGAAGACGAGGAAGAGAAACGAAGAAAACAUAGCGGACUUUCUUAGCCGCCAAGACGUCUUCCAAGGAAUCUGUGCAUUCCUAGACCAACAUGGGACCUAGUUCUUCAAAACCGAGACGAUUAUAAGAAAUUUACUGCGAUUUAAAGGAGAGUUGCGAGGAAAAAUAUUUUGCGGGUUUAUAUUUUUAACCACAACAAGGCCGGCUGCAGCUGUUGUUGUUGUUAUUAUUAUUAUUUUUUCUUGAUGAUCGCGUCUUAAAGUUGAAGACAUCGGACGGGCCAAGGAAGGUUUCUUAAGAUUAAGAUCCCGUCUGGAGGAGUGUAGGGUUGGGAACGAGAGCGGUUUUCAGUGGGCCAGCCGGCAUCAUGUUCCCAGGGUUCGGGCAGCAGCAGUACCCGGGCCACCCGCCGCCACCUGGGCCACCCGGACCACCUGGACCAGUCGGUUUUCCCACGCCCGUUGCGCCCCCCGUCCACUCCUCGCCCAUGGACCUGUUCCGUUGCCCCCGACGACCCGACAUCGGUAACCACGGGCGACGGAUCCUGCUGAGAGCCAAUCACUUCAAAGUGUCGAUGCCGAAGGGAGACAUUCACCACUACGACAUUAACAUCAUGCCGGAUAAGUGUCCCAGGAGAGUUAACAGAGAAAUUAUAGAAAAGAUGGUUCAAGCCUACAAUCGCAUCUUCGGUGACCUUCGACCUGUCUUUGACGGGCGGAAAAAUCUGUACACACGAGACCCGCUACCAAUCGGAACGGAGAAGGUGGAGCUAGAUGUAACGUUACCGGGUGACGGGGGAAAAGAUCGCCACUUCAAGGUGUCAAUCAAGUGGGUGGCCAAGGUCAGCCUGUACACACUGGAGCAGGCUCUUGAAGGUCGUCUGGCCGCCAUUCCGUUCGAGGCCAUCCAGGCGCUCGACGUCGUAAUGCGACACCUGCCCUCCAUGACGUACACCCCUGUAGGUCGCUCGUUCUUCUCGUCUCCUGAAGGUUACAGCCACCCGCUGGGCGGAGGUCGCGAGGUCUGGUUCGGGUUUCACCAGAGCGUCAGACCCUCACAGUGGAAAAUGAUGCUCAACAUAGAUGUUUCAGCCACAGCGUUUUACAAGGCCCAGCCUGUUAUAGAGUUCAUGUGUGAAGUUCUGGAUAUCAGAGACAUCAACGAACAGAGACGACCUCUCACUGAUUCCCAAAGGGUCAAGUUCACCAAGGAAAUUAAAGGUUCGACUGCAGGUCUGAAGGUGGAGAUCACUCACUGUGGACAGAUGAAGAGGAAAUAUCGUGUCUGUAACGUCACGCGCAGACCUGCACAGACACAGACGUUCCCCCUGCAGCUGGAGGAUGGUAGAACAGUGGAGUGCACCGUGGCAAAAUACUUCCUGGAGAGACACAAGAGGAAACUCGAGUUUCCCCACCUACCCUGUCUACAAGUGGGACAGGAGCAGAAACACACCUACCUUCCUCUGGAGGUGUGUAACAUUGUUGCCGGGCAACGGUGCAUCAAGAAGCUGACGGACAUGCAGACCUCCACCAUGAUCAAGGCCACAGCUCGGUCUGCACCGGACAGAGAAAAAGAAAUCAUCAAGUUGAUGCAGAAAGCAAACUUCAACUCUGACCCCUACGUGCGUGACUUUGGGAUCAACAUCUCGACGGACAUGGCGGAGAUUGAAGGUCGUGUCCUUGACCCCCCGAUGCUGCAGUACGGAGGCAGGGUAAACAAUACUCGGGCGACGGUUGUACCUAACCAGGGUGUGUGGGACAUGCGCGGGAAACAGUUCCACACCGGGAUCGAGAUCCGCGUCUGGGCGAUGGCAUGCUUCGCCCCACAGAGGCAGUGCAGCGAGCAGGCACUUAGAAAUUUCACACAGUCACUGCAGAGAAUCUCGAAUGACGCAGGCAUGCCCAUCCUGGGCCAGCCGUGUUUCUGUAAGUACGCCACCGGAGCAGACCAGGUGGAGAAAAUGUUCCGCUACCUGAAAAACACCUUCCAGGGCCUGCAGCUGAUCCUGGUGGUCUUACCUGGCAAAACACCUGUCUACGCUGAGGUGAAGCGGGUGGGAGACACGUUGCUAGGCGUGGCCACGCAGUGCGUCCAGGUGAAGAACGUGAUCAAGACGUCUCCGCAGACGCUCUCCAACCUGUGCCUCAAGAUCAACGUCAAGCUGGGAGGAGUCAACAACAUUCUCGUGCCACAUAUACGACCUCGGGUGUUCCGUGAACCGGUGAUCUUCCUGGGAGCGGACGUGACCCACCCACCCGCAGGCGACGAGAAGAAGCCCUCCAUCGCCGCGGUUGUAGGAAGCAUGGACGCCCACCCGAGCCGCUACGCGGCGACCGUCCGUAUCCAGACGCACCGGCAGGAGAUUAUCGCCGACCUGGCCUCCAUGGUCCGCGAACUGCUCAUCCAGUUCUACAAGUCCACCCGCUUCAAACCCACCCGCAUCAUCAUGUACCGCGACGGGGUCAGCGAGGGGCAGUUCCAACAGGUUUUGUGGCACGAGCUGCGAGCGAUCCGUGAGGCGUGCGUGCGACUGGAGAUCGGCUACGAGCCGGGCGUGACCUUCAUCGUGGUGCAGAAGCGGCAUCACACCCGGCUCUUCUGCUCCGACAAGAAGGAACAGAUUGGGAAGAGUGGGAACAUCCCAGCGGGGACCACGGUAGAUGUCGGCAUCACACAUCCAACGGAGUUUGACUUCUACCUAUGCAGCCAUGCUGGUAUACAGGGCACGAGUAGACCGUCCCAUUACCAUGUCCUCUGGGAUGACAACAACUUCGCUGCAGACGACCUGCAGAUGCUGACGUACCAGCUGUGUCACACGUACGUCCGCUGCACCCGGAGUGUCUCCAUCCCCGCCCCCGCAUACUACGCUCACCUCGUCGCCUUCCGCGCGCGCUACCACCUGGUGGAGAAGGACCACGACAGCGGGGAGGGCUCCCACCGGUCCGGAGACAGCGGGGAGCGGACGCCCAUGGACAUGGCUCGGGCCGUCGAGGUCCACCCCGACACGCUGCGCGUCAUGUACUUCGCGUAACCAUGGUAACUGCAACCAUGGCAACCGUAACCAUGGCAACUGUGGCAACCAUAACCAUGGUAAUGGUGGCAACUGUAACCAUGGCAACUGUAACCAUGGCAACUGUAACCAUGGCAACUGCAACCAUGGCAACCGUGGCAACUGUAAC